AUGGCCUCGUCAGCAAUUGAAACUCUUAAGAAGGUGUUUCCUAGUGAGCAGCUGGCUAUAGCUGGGACUGGCGAGUUUGAGAAGCUCAAUUCAUCAUACCUCUCGUCCCUUGAGAGUGAGAUAGCGCCUGCGGGGAUUGUCCUUCCCAAGAGCGCUGAUGAUGUCGCCAAAUUCAUCAAUACCAUCAAGCAAUCUGCGGUUGAUGGAUCGGCUCUAUUCGCAAUCCGUGGUGCUGGUCAGCAGCCUCUGCCAGGCUGCGCCAACAUCCAAGGAGGAAUCACGCUCGACCUGCGCCUAUUGACAGGCGUAGAGAUCCAGGAAGGCUUUGUCUCCGUCGCAGCCGGUGAGCGCUGGGGCAAUAUUUACGACAGAGUCCAAGAACAGGGUCUAGGCGUGACAGGCAGCCGCUCCGCACUGGGCGGCGUCGGCGGGCUGGCACUAUCAGGCGGACUCUCCCUCUUCUCAUCCCGAGAGGGCUUCAUCUGCGACAACGUGACCAACUUCGAGGUGGUCCUGGCAUCAGGCGAGAUCGUCAACGCCAACGCCGCCGAGAACGCAGACCUCUGGCGGGCACUGCGCGGCGGCGGCAACAACCUGGGCGUGGUGACGCGCUUCGACCUGCGCACCUUCAAGCAGGGCCCCUUCUGGGGCGGCGCGGUGCUGUACUUCCCGCCCAGCUUCCCGGGCCAGGUGGAGGCGCUGGUGCGCGAGCUCACGCGGCCGGACGCCAGCCCCGAGACGCACCUGAUGCUCAGCAUCGGGUACAGCGCGUCGUACAUGCAGCUCGGGGGUUAUCUGUGCUUGAACCAGGUCUACCACACCGGCAUGGCCGAGCGGCCUGACGUGCUGGAUCCGUUCGUCACUGUUAGCCCGCAGGUGGAGCAGCUCAACACGAUGCGCGCGCUGACGCUCCGGGAGGCGGCCGGCGAGCAGGCUCAGCAGUCUGCUGAUGACGUGCGGUGCGCGUAUAUGAAUACCACCGUCAAGGCCGACGUGGCCACGCUGAAAGCGGCUUCUGAAGCGUACCUUGCUGCGCUCGAGCCACUGAAGCAGUGUGAGGGCAUUACCUGUUCUCUUACGCUGCAGCCAUACUCAACCUCUCUGCUGGAAAAGAGCGCCUCACAGGGCGGAAAUGUGCUUGGUCUGGAUGCCAUAGAGGGCCCAUUGGUGUCGAUUCUGGCUCUGACCUGGUGGAAAAAUAAGGCAGAUGAUGAGAAGAUCGUUGGCACGUUCCGGAAAGUGAUUGAGACUAUCGACCAGGAUGCGGCAUCACGGGGCACUGCUGUCCCGUUCAAGUAUAUGAAUUACGCAUGGGAUUUUCAGGACCCAAUCGGCUCGUAUGGCGAGGAGAACAAAGCGUUCUUACAGAGAGUCAGCAAGACAUAUGAUCCCGAGGGGUUCUUCCAAAAAGCCGUGCCUGGAGGGUUCAAGCUUUUCUGA